CAAGCCAGAUCCGCUCCAUUUCGAAUUUCUGACUGGUCUCUUCGUUUUACAAGACGGCGUUUAUCGGUUUAUCGGUCGGGGCAUUUACUUGGGAAACUUUGGAGCCCUAUGGCCGAAGGCGGCGAGGACUGGGAGCUGUGCAAGGAGAACAUCCAGCCUCUGAAGCAGGGCCGCGCAAUGUCGUCCCUGCAAGCCGCGCUUCAGGGAAAGGACACCGUCCAACAAAGGCGAAGGAAUUUUGAGGAGGAGCUGAGGACCUACUCCGGGGAGGAUCCACUCGAUGUCUGGCACAGGUACAUACUGUGGCUGGAGCAGCACUUCCCCCGGGGCGGUCACGAGGUGAACCUGCAAGAGCUUCUCGAAAAGUGUAUCUCCCUCUUCGUCACAGAGAGCAAGUAUACCGACGAUCCACGCUUCGUCGACGUCUGGCUGCGCUACGCGGACAUCAGUUCCGAGCCCGAGGUCGUGUUCAAAGCGAUGUACGACCGGGGCGUAGGGGCGGGGCUGGCACCUUUCUACGUGAGGUGGGCCAAUCACAGAGAGGCAGUCGGGGACUCCAAGAAUGCUGCCAAGAUCCUCCGCAAGGGCAUCACCAGGAAAGCCUACCCCAAAGAAACCCUGGAGGCACAGCUCAGGCACCUCGAGGCCCGUGUGAGCCGCCAGGUGGCGCAGCAGAUGAUGGAGGUGGGCGAGGAAGCGGCAACGACAGAAGACAACCGCAGCGUGCUGGCAACCCUGAAGCAGGUCGGAAGGCGGGGCCAAGUGGGCACCGAGCGUGCCUUGCAAAGGGUGGAGGUGCAGGGGGGUGUCGGGGGCAAGGCAUUGGGCCACGCCGGCAACAGGGCGCCCAGGGUGCUCUCCAGAGAGAACCCGGAGGGAGACGAUGAUGUGUUUGUGCGCCCGGCGGCACCUGCCCCGUUUGUGGUCGCCGCCGAGGGGGCCAAGGAAAACGCCAGCAGGCCGGGCAAGUGGACGUCCGCCAAGGUGAGGCAGGUGACUAACAACGUGGCGGCCGGUUUCACCAUACCUCAGGAUGAAGCCCCCAAUGAUCCAGUGCCUGGCCCACCAGAUUGGGUCCCGGGGUCAUCCAAGGCACUCAGCGUCCAGCGCGGCCGCGAAGAGCGGCAUGUCCCGGCGUCGGGGUUCAUCCUGGUCCAGAAUCCGAAGGAGCGCCCCAUGUACAACAAGCUCAAGGUUUACGGGGGCACCAGGGAGCUCCAGUUCGAGGAGAUCCGCUGGGCCAAGAUGCUGGCCAAGGAGAAAGAGCAAGAGCGCCUGGAGCGUGAGGCUGCGAAGGACCGAGAGGUGCAGGCCUUGCGAUUGCAGGUGGAGCAGAUGCGAAACGAGCUCGCCGAAAUGCGCAGGCUGUUUGUACAGAACAGGAGCGCACCUGUGCAAGAGCAGCAGGUGAUGAAGGAGCAGAUAAACCUCCUGGAGCAGAGCAUCCUCAUUACAAACCGGUCGCUGAGGGUGUCUGCACUCCCCCCCGCUCAGCACCCUGUCUGA